AUGUCGAGCUUGGAGAUCAACCCCUCUUGCUUCAAACAGGAAACGAAAUUUCCAUUAUCCCCCCAACUAGUGGAGGAUAGUAGUGCUUUUGAGCCACUUGGGAAAGUUGUGAAUGAAGCUGAAGAGAAAUCUAAAGAUAUAGUAAAAUUCACUACUAAGAAACUUCCAGUAGAUGACGUCUCAAAACUGGUGAUUUCUCCACUCUGUGGUCCUAGAUCCCUAUUUGUAGGGACUACAGGAAAUAAAUUUGAAGGGAAAAAAGUCAUUAGCCUCAAAUAUGAAGCAUAUCUACCAAUGGCAGACAAUGAAAUCAGAAAUUUUUGUAGUAACAUGAGGCAGAAACGGCAGGUCACACUCAUAGCAAUGUUCCACAGACUGGGCUUAGUUCCAGUGUCAGAAGCAAGUUUAAUCAUUGCUUUGUCCUCAGUACACAGAGGAAGCAACCUCAAAGCUGACAGCUAUGCCAUAGAUACUUUAAAGGCGAAGGUACCCAUAUGGAGAAAGAAAAUGUAUGAAGAAUCAUCAUCAUCUCGGGAAAGAAACAAAGAGUGGUUUCCUUGUUACCAGCAAUGGGGUCUCUACCCAGAUCAAGACAAUCUGAAUAAGUCAGAUUGUCAUAGCAAGUAUUUGAGAAAUCAGCUUAAUUUGCCAAUCAGUUGGCAAGGAGGCCUGAGACCAAUUCAUCAUUUAGUUUCAGUUUCAUCUUCAGUUUCAGGACACCUUCCUGGUAUGAUCAAGACCUUUUAUAUGCCCCUAAGUCAGAGAGCCACAACCUUCCCCGGGGGUUCACUACCAUUUGACUCGCCCCUGAAAGGGUUGUGGUUCACCUUUGGCACAGGAGCUGGGCCUGUGUUCAUCUGUGUCAGGGAAUGCAUGUUAAGUUGA